CCGAAGAAGCCAUCAUUAAUCGCUUCUUCCAAAACUUGUAACCUUCCUCUUCCACCUGCGCAGUGUUCAGAGACGCCCAUUUUUCAACUAAUACGAACUCUGCUUCAUUCUCACCCACCCCAACCUUCCCUCCUUUCUUGGGAUCUCUUCGACCUUUUCUUGAAGCCCUUCAUUUUCCAGACUCCAACUUCACUUCUCCUUGAUCUCUUCACUAUUGCUCUCUUUCCUAGAUCCGAUCACAUUCUGCAUUGCCCUGGGUAUUGCUGUUUCCGGAAAUGCCUAAAUCUUUGAUGCAAUUGCCAAGGCGGAGGCUUUGGUCCGGAAGAUGAACCUUUCUGAGUUUUAAGAAGGACCUCAUCGUGCUUCUUAUCUUGGAGUAUCGCAUAUCUUAUCUUGGAGUAUAGUAUAUCAGCCUUCGUAUGCUAUACUGGAGUGUCAGAUGUUAUAGACCCGCUGAAGUCUAUAUUUUUCCGGGGGUCAUUCUUUGAAACCCAAAACAAGCAAAAUGAUGAAUAAAACGCUUUUCCUCACUUAUCUCUAUCUUCUCAUCUACAUAUUGCUUUCCUCUGGAGUCAUAUUGUACAACAAGUGGGUCCUCUCUCCAAAAUACUUCAAUUUUCCGUUUCCCAUAACACUCACCAUGAUUCAUAUGGGUUUUUCUGGGCUCGUGGCAUUUUUUCUCGUCCGGGUCUUUAAGGUUGUGUCCCCGGUGAAAAUGACAUUUGAAAUAUAUGCAACGAGUGUGGUACCAAUCAGUGCCUUCUUUGCAUCAAGUCUUUGGUUUGGCAACACUGCUUACUUGCACAUUUCUGUGGCCUUCAUCCAGAUGCUCAAGGCUCUAAUGCCUGUGGCAACGUUUGUUGUGGCUGUUUUGUGCGGCACUGACAAAGCAAGGUGUGAUGUGUUCUUGAACAUGGUGCUGGUCAGUGUUGGAGUUGUCAUUUCCUCCUACGGGGAAAUUCACUUCAAUAUAAUUGGUACACUUUACCAGGUCACAGGCAUCUUUGCAGAAGCUUUAAGGCUGGUCUUAACACAAGUCCUUCUUCAGAAGAAGGGCCUGACGUUAAAUCCUAUUACAAGCUUAUAUUACAUAGCUCCAUGCAGUUUUGUGUUCCUCUUUGUGCCUUGGUAUUUACUGGAGAAGCCUGGAAUGGAAGUUUCACAGAUUCAGUUCAAUUUUUGGAUCUUCUUCUCCAAUGCUUUAUGUGCUCUGGCGUUAAAUUUCUCCAUAUUCUUAGUAAUUGGUCGAACAGGAGCAGUUACCAUUCGGGUUGCUGGUGUGCUGAAAGACUGGAUACUAAUAGCCCUUUCAACAGUUAUAUUUCCUGAAUCUACAAUAACUGGGUUGAAUAUAAUUGGCUAUGCAAUUGCAUUAUGUGGUGUCGUCAUUUACAAUUACAUUAAGGUUAGGGAUGUUCGUGCCUCUCAAUCAGCACCUGAAAGUCUUCCAGACCGAGUCACAAAGGAUUGGAAGUUUGAGAAGAGGUCGUCUGACAUAUAUUUGCCAAAUGACAAUGUGGACAAUGCAGGAAGCAGUGGAAGUAUUGGUUCUGCAUCUGACAUGAAUGUUGAUGAAGAAGCACCUCUUAUUCAAUCUUCUAGGCUAUCUCAUAUUGGUCGGACGCAGCUAAACAGCCUAGGAUCUGGAAAAUGAAAAGCCCAAAUGCAGAUAUUCAUUUUGAGUUGAGAAAGAGGAAAGAAAAGAGCAAAAGAAAAAAGAGGAGGCAAUGCACCCCCCAUUUCCUCUCAUUUUUUUCAGGAAAAAGUAGGUUUUAUAAUGGAAAGCCAGAUGUUUGUUCGUUGUAAUUACUAAUUACUUUCCUGCGGUGGAUGCAUCAUUAUUAAUGCCUGGUUCAAGUUUUUGAGCCAUUUAUGAUUGACUGUAACUGACUCUCUUGGACAGCCAAGUUUUUCAUUUGUUUCUUCUCAGUAAUUCAAACGUUUUUCUCAGUAA